CAGGAGGAGGAGGGAGAUGGAGCCGGUGGCAGCACUGGAGCUCAGGUCUGUGGACCUGCAGAGCGCGGGGAACAACAAGGGACACCACACACAGGAGAUGGGCGUGGAGCAGCUCAUCCUGCGCAGAGGCCAGCUCUUCAGCCUCCAGCUGAGCUUCAACCGGCCCUGCCAGCCCCACAGCGACCACAUCACCUUCGUGGCUGAGACCGGCCCUGAGCCCUCGGAGCUGCUGGGGACCCGCGCCAAGUUCUUGCUCACCCAGGCCGGGCUUGGGGACAUCUGGAAAGUGUCUGACUUCACUGUUGACUCCACCUUCCUCCAAGUCUCCCUUUUCACACCAGCCAGCGCAGUCAUCGGUCACUACACGCUGAAGCUAGAGAUCGCUCAGAGCCAGGGCCGCAGUGUGACUUACCCGCUGGGCACGUUCACCCUGCUGUUUAACCCCUGGAGCACAGAGGACGACGUGUACCUGCCGAGUGAAGCCCUGCUGCAGGAGUACGUCAUGAGGGACUACGGCUUUGUUUACAAGGGUCACGAGGGCUUCAUCACGUCCUGGCCCUGGAACUAUGGGCAGUUUGAAAAGGACAUCCUAGAUAUCUGCUUCGAGAUCCUGAACAAGAGCCUGUACUUCUUAAGGAACCCAGCUAAGGACUGUUCCCAGCGGAACGACGUGGUGUACGUGUGCAGGGUGGUGAGCGCCAUGAUCAACAGCAACGACGACAGUGGCGUGCUGCAGGGGAACUGGGGUGAGGACUACUCCAGGGGCAUCAGCCCACUGCAGUGGAAUGGCAGCGUGGCCAUCCUGCGGCAGUGGUCCGCUCAGGGCGGGCAGCCCGUGAAGUACGGACAGUGCUGGGUCUUUGCCUCUGUGAUGUGCACCGUAAUGAGAUGCUUAGGUGUCCCAACCCGUGUUGUUUCCAAUUUCCAUUCUGCACACAACACGGACGGGAACCUGACCAUUGACACCUACUAUGACCGAAAUGCAGAGAUGCUUCCAACUCAGAAACGAGACAAAGUCUGGAACUUCCACGUCUGGAAUGAGUGCUGGAUGAUCCGGAAAGAUCUCCCACCGGGAUACAAUGGGUGGCAGGUCCUGGACCCCACUCCCCAGCAAACCAGCAGCGGGCUGUUUUGCUGUGGCCCUGCCUCUGUGAAGGCCAUCAGGGAAGGAGACGUCCACCUGGCCUACGACACCCCUUUUGUGUUCGCCGAGGUGAACGCGGAUGAAGUCAUUUGGCUCUCUGAGGAUGGUGAGGCCCGGGAAAUCCUGGCCCACAACACCCGUUCCAUCGGGAAGGAGAUCAGCACCAAGAUGGUAGGGUCAGACCAGCGCCAAGACAUCACCCGCUCCUACAAGUAUCCAGAAGGAUCCCCCGAGGAGCGAUCUGUAUUCAUGAAGGCUUCCCGGAAAAUGCUGGGACAGGAAAGGGCCUCCUCAUUCCUCCUGGAUCUUCUGGGGUCUGCGGCCUUUAAGGCUCAGCCCGCACAGCUGCAGCUUUACCUGGCCAGGGCUCCCGUAUGGGGCCAGGACCUGCUCCUCACCCUGCACGUCCGGAGGGUGCGGGACAGUGCCCAUCCCUGGGGUACCAUCAGGCUGGAGGUGCGGUUCUGCGCCCAGGCCCUGCUGCACAGGGGCAGCACCAGGGAGCCCCUCUGGAAGCAAGCAGUGCACCUGGACCUAGACUUCGGGAAAGAGAUACACUGGCCACUCCUGCUGCCCUACACCAAUUACAGAAACAAGCUGACCGAUGAGAAGCUGAUCCGCGUGUCUGGCAUUGCCAAGGUUGAAGAGACAGGGUGGUCGAUGCUGGUCCUCAAAGACCUCUCUCUGGAGCCUCCGUACUUAUCUAUUGAGGUGUCCAAAAGAGCAGAGGUGGGUAAGGCCCUGAAGGUCCACAUCGCGCUCACCAAUACUCUAGCAGUGGCCCUGAGUACCUGCACCAUGGUGCUGGAGGGAAGCGGUCUCAUCAAUGGGCAGAUAACAGAAGACCUCGGGACUCUGAAGUCUGGAGACACCCUCCAAAUUCAGCUGGACCUCUACCCCAGCAAGGCUGGGCCCCGCCAGCUCCAGGUCCUCAUCAGUAGCAAUGAGGUCAAGGAGAUCAAGGGCUACAGGGACAUCUUCGUGGCUGCAGCUGCAGCUCCCUGAGCCAGAUCCUGCCUUCCUGGUGCCCCUCAGGGCUCCUGGCUCUACCUCUGCCCUGGGGGCAAAUGAAGAAACAAUGCAGAUGUCCAUAUCGCUGGUGGUGCAGCUCCUGUGUUGAUCAGAUAUUUAUUGCUGCCAGUUUGUCCUCUUGGUCUAGCUGCCGACUAUGGCUGGGAACCUUCUUGCUCCCUGAGCCCCCACUCUGCCCCCUAGAGGCCGUCCACCCCAAGAUAAACUCCACAGCCCUCUGAUUGCCUCUCUGGAAUGAAGGAUCCAGAUUUCUCCUGCUCCUUAGUCUCAGCAAACCCCAAGCAGAGGAAGCCAUGCAGGACACCACAAGCUGUGCCUGCUGCCCAGCAGGGCGUCCUUGCUGCCUACCUGGGAGCACCUAGCAUGGUGGAGGAGCCCUUUCUUGGCAGAUUUACACCCCACAAGCAUUACCCCAGGCUCCCCUCAGUGCAGGCCCCCCAAGGCCUGGGAAGUACUUGUAGCCCUUCUUGCCUACACCCCUUAAUCUUUAUCCUCUCCCUAUCACCCUAACUCUCCUCAGUUGCUUUUAUGUUAUUAUUUUCCGGACAGAGGGAACCACUGUUUUGUGCUGUUUUCCUUAUGGUUAUCAAAAUCAUUUGUGUUUCUUCUUGAUAGUUUGGGAAGAACAAAAAAUGUUCCCACUCCACAGGAAAUCUCUUCCUUUGAGGAUGGGAGGGUUGAACCUACGGAGUGCUGAGCUAUACCCCAGUCCUCUAAAAAAAUUUUUUUUUAAAUUUUAAAGUAGGGUCUUGCUAAGUUGCCCAGGCUGGCCUCAAAUUUGUGAUUCUCCUGCCUCAGCCUCUGAAGUAGCUGGCACAGGUCCAUAAGUUCCUCACAUUGUACCCCACCCAACUUGAAGAGAAAAACUCUAACAGACAACCAGUCUGUUCAGACAGAAAGCCCCUCACUCAGCUUGAGAGACUAAAGUAAAUCUGUUUAUCAGGAUGAUUCCCAAGCCUAGUUCUCAGGUUUGCAGGAAACCUCGUAAGUCUACAGAAUGCCAGUCUGUAUUUCCCUCCCCCAGAAGCACCAGACCCACCAAUCACCCCUGAGAAACUUAAAUUUUCCACCUUCCUCUGUGGAAUUUCCCCCUCCCAUACCUAAAAUAGUCUAUAAAGGAGGCUUCCUUCCUUUGUUCAGGGCCAACAGCUUUCUCGUCCCUGGCUCAGGCUGCACCCAGCCUGAAAUAAAGAUAUUGUUAU